AUGGCAAAAGCACGGCAAUAUCAUCAUCUUUUCAUGAUCAGUACAAUUCUUCUCCUUCUCUCACUUAACUCGGUUCCUUUAGUCUCUGCUCACUUUUUUCCUAACAUCACUUCAAUCCCAGAAGACUUGCUCAAAAACGCCUCCACUAAUCCAUGGGGUUACUUCCGACAACUAGGCGGCUGCCAGGCCGGUAAACAAUACGACGGCUUAGCCAAGCUCAAACACUACUUCCAAUACUUCGGUUACAUCCCCAAUUCCCUCUCCAAUAUCACCGACGAUUUCGACGACUACCUCGAAUCUGCUCUCCGAACUUACCAACAAAACUUUAACCUUAAUGUCACUGGCCAACUCGACAACCAAACAAUGAACCACAUCGUCCGGCCCAGAUGCGGCAAUCCGGAUAUAGUUAACGGCUCUACAAGUAUGAACUCUGGCAAGACCAAUACCUCGUCAAGUCACUUUCACACGGUUUCUCAUUACACCUUCUUUACUGGGAUGCCACGUUGGAGAAAACAAGCCUUAACCUACUCGUUUUUGCCUGAAAAUCAACUAACCGACGAGGUGAAGACCGUUUUCUCCCGUGCCUUCGACCGGUGGUCUACGGUGAUUCCAUUGACUUUCACAAAGACGGAUUCUAUCAACGCAGCUGAUAUCCGAAUUGGGUUUUUCACUGGCGAUCAUGGAGACGGAGAGCCGUUUGAUGGGGUUCUGGGGACUCUAGCACAUGCCUUUUCCCCGCCAAGUGGACGACUCCACCUUGACGGUGACGAGAAUUGGGUUGUGGCGGGUGAUGUUAGAACAUCGUCGUUGACGUCAGCUGUUGACUUGGAGUCCGUGGCAGUGCAUGAGAUUGGACAUUUGUUAGGGUUGGGGCAUUCCUCUGUGGAAGAGUCCAUCAUGUACCCUAGUAUUACUUCAAGGAUUAAGAAAGUUGAAUUGGCCAGCGAUGAUAUUGAAGGGAUCCAAACUUUGUAUGGUAGUAAUCCUAACUAUAAUGGUUCAUCUACAGAGUCUGUUCAGGAGAGAGACACUGGUAGUGGUAGUAGUGGGGCCCAUAGUGUUCAUUCAAGGUGGGGCCUAACUGGGUUAAUCAUGGCCUUUGGAGUUGCUUUGCUGCUUUUGUGA